ACCAGGCGGGGGCUGUCGGGUGUCAUGGGCGGUGGCGGCGGCACCGCCCCCGCGUCUCCCUGAGCGGGAGGACCUCACCUGGGGGGCCCCUCCGCGCCGAGCCGGGCGAUGGACGAGAGCGGCGAGCUGGGCGCUCUGGAGACCAUGGAGACCCUCACGGAGCUGGGCGACGAGCUGACCCUGGGGGACAUCGACGAGAUGCUGCAGUUUGUCAGCAAUCAGGUGGGAGAGUUCCCGGAUUUGUUUUCAGAGCAGCUGUGUGGCUCCUUCCCUGGAGGUGGUGGUAGCGGCGGCGGCGGUGGCGGCAAUGGCCGGAGCAACAGUGGUGGAGCCGUGGACCCCUCGAUCCAGCGGUCAUUCAGCCAGGUCCCGUUACCUUCCUUCUCUCCCUCAGCCGCCUCUCAGGCUCCAGCCCUGCAGGUCAAGGUCUCUCCUUCUGCAGUUCCCACCCCACCAAGAGCAACUCCUGUCCUCCAGCCUCGGCCCCAGCCCCAGCCUCAACCUCCAGCUCAGCUGCAGCAGCAGACAGUAAUGAUCACCCCAACAUUCAGCACCGCUCCACAGACGAGGAUCAUCCAGCAGCCUUUGAUAUACCAGAAUGCAGCCACCAGCUUCCAAGUCCUUCAGCCUCAAGUCCAAAGCCUCGUGACAUCCUCGCAAGUCCAGCCUGUCACCAUCCAGCAGCAGGUGCAGACGGUACAGGCCCAGCGGGUGUUGACCCAGACAGCCAAUGGCACACUGCAGACACUCGCCCCAGCCACAGUGCAGACAGUUGCUGCACCCCAGGUGCAGCAGGUCCCGGUCCUGGUCCAACCUCAGAUCAUCAAGACAGAUUCCCUUGUCCUGACCACACUGAAAACAGAUGGCAGCCCUGUCAUGGCUGCGGUCCAGAACCCAGCUCUCACGGCUCUCACCACCCCCAUCCAGACAACUGCCCUUCAAGUUCCAACCCUGGUGGGCAGCAAUGGGACCAUUCUGACCACAAUGCCUGUAAUGAUGGGACAAGAGAAAGUGCCCAUCAAGCAGGUACCUGGAGGAGUCAAGCAGCUCGAGCCUCCCAAAGAAGGAGAAAGGCGGACGACGCACAAUAUCAUUGAGAAGCGAUAUCGCUCCUCCAUCAAUGACAAAAUCAUUGAGUUGAAGGACCUGGUCAUGGGAACAGAUGCCAAGAUGCACAAGUCUGGUGUUCUAAGGAAGGCCAUCGAUUACAUCAAAUACUUGCAGCAGGUCAAUCACAAGCUGCGCCAGGAGAACAUGGUGCUGAAGCUAGCAAAUCAGAAAAACAAACUCCUGAAGGGCAUCGACCUAGGAAGUCUGGUGGACAAUGACGUGGACCUGAAGAUUGAUGACUUUAACCAGAAUGUCCUUCUCAUGUCUCCCCCGGCCUCUGACUCAGGGUCCCAGGCUGGCUUCUCCCCCUACUCCAUUGAUUCAGAGCCAGGAAGUCCUCUGUUGGAUGAUGCAAAGGUCAAAGAUGAGCCAGACUCCCCUCCGGUAGCGCUGGGCAUGGUGGACCGCUCUCGAAUUCUGCUGUGUGUCCUCACCUUCUUGGGCCUCUCCUUCAACCCCCUGACCUCCCUGCUGCAAUGGGGAGGGGCUCACAACGCUGACCAGCACCCGUACUCCGGUUCCGGGCGCAGUGUACUGUCAUUUGAGUCAGGUUCCGGUGGCUGGUUUGACUGGAUGAUGCCGACUCUCCUCCUCUGGCUGGUGAACGGAGUGAUCGUCUUGAGCGUCUUUGUGAAGCUGCUGGUCCAUGGGGAGCCAGUGAUCCGGCCUCACUCCCGCUCCUCAGUCACCUUCUGGAGGCACCGGAAGCAGGCGGACCUGGACCUUGCCAGAGGGGAUUUUGCAGCUGCUGCUGCCAACCUGCAAACCUGUCUGUCGGUUUUGGGCCGGGCACUGCCCACCUCCCGCUUGGAUUUGGCCUGUAGCCUCUCCUGGAAUGUGAUCCGCUACAGCCUGCAGAAGCUGCGCCUGGUGCGCUGGUUGCUCAAGAAAGUCUUUCAGCGCUGGAGGGCCACCCCCGCCACCGCGGCCGGCUUUGAGGACGAAGCCAAGAGCAGUGCUAGGGAUGCGGCCCUGGCCUAUCACAGGCUGCACCAGCUGCACAUCACAGGAAAGCUUCCUGCAGGAUCGGCCUGCUCAGAUGUGAACAUGGCUCUGUGUGCUGUGAACUUGGCUGAGUGUGCCGAGGAGAAAAUCCCACCGAGCACACUGAUUGAGAUCCACCUGACAGCUGCCAUGGGGCUCAAGACACGCUGUGGGGGCAAGCUGGGCUUCCUGGCCAGCUACUUCCUCAGUCGCGCCCAGAGCCUGUGUGGCCCUGAGCAUAGCACUGUCCCUGACUCACUGCGCUGGCUCUGCCAUCCCCUCGGCCAGAAGUUUUUUAUGGAGCGAAGCUGGUCGGUGAAAUCGACGACUAAGGACAGUCUGUACUGCGCCCAGAGGAACCCAGCUGAUCCCAUUGCCCAGGUCCACCAGGCCUUCUGCAAGAACCUGCUGGAGCGAGCAGUGGAAUCCUUGGUGAAGCCGCAGGCCAGGAAGGCAGGAAACCAGGAGGAAGACAGCUGUGAAUUUUCCCGUGCUUUAGAAUACCUGAAAUUACUUCAUUCUUUUGUGGACUCUGUGGGAUUCGUGACCCCACCAUUCUCCAGCAGUUCUGUGCUUAAGUCAGCACUUGGUCCAGAUGUCAUCUGUCGGUGGUGGACAUCUGCGAUCACCAUGGCCAUCGGCUGGCUCCAAGGAGAUGAUGCGGCUGUGCGCGCCCAUUUUCCUGAGGCAGAACGGGUCCCCCGGGCCCUGGAAGUGACUGAGAGCCCCCUGGUGAAGGCUGUCUUCUACGCGUGCAGAGCCAUGCACGCCUCGCUCUCGGGGAAAGCCGACGGGCGACAGACCGCCGCCUGUCACUGUGAGCGAGCCAGCGCUCACCUGUGGAGCAGCCUCAAUGUCAGCGGGACAACCUCGGACCCUGCCCUCGACCACGUAAUCCAGCUGCUCACCUGUGACCUGCUCCUGUCACUGCGGACAGCACUCUGGCAAAAGCAGGCAGGUGCCAGCCAGGUCCUGGGUGAGACCUACCAUGCAUCAGGCACUGAGCUGGCUGGCUUCCAGCGAGACCUGGGCAGCCUGCGCAGACUGGCACAUAGCUUCCGCCCAGCAUACCGCAAGGUGUUCCUACAUGAAGCCACUGUGCGCUUGAUGGCAGGAGCCAGCCCCACCCGCACACACCAGCUGCUGGAACAUAGCCUGCGGCGGCGCACGACAACGCAGAACGCCAAGCACGGAGAGGUGGACGCCUGGCCUGGCCAGCGAGAGCGGGCCACCGCCAUCCUGCUGGCCUGCCGCCACCUCCCCCUCUCUUUCCUGUCCUCCCCGGGCCAGCGGGCCGUGCUCCUGGCCGAGGCCGCCCGCACCUUGGAGAAGGUGGGUGACCGACGGUCCUGCAACGACUGCCAGCAGAUGAUCGUCAAGCUGGGUGGAGGAACUGCCAUCGCCGCCUCUUGACCACCAGGCUCGUCCCACCUCCUCCUCCGUCUGUCUUUCUCCCUCUGUUUCUCGGACUCUCUCUUCUCUGUCUCUCUCCCUCCUUCCUCAGAGCUGUGAGGAUGAGGAUGAGCCUUCCUUCUCAGCUGUUGCCUGCCAAGGCUUCUGGAUCACCUCAGGCCAAUGGGACUCUGGGCAGAGCUCCUGAAAGCUGCUGUCAUUAAAUGCCCAUGGUCCAGGCCCACAUGGGCUGAGGAAAAAUGGCCAGGGCAGGAAUGGAGGUGAUCGCACUUGGAAGCAGCAGGGAUGCUGCCCAUGCCGUCUCAGUCCCCCAGAGACUGAACAUCGCCCUUUCUGCUUCUUCAUUUUGUAUAAGGCUUUCUCUCUGGGGAACUAGGUCUCUGGGCACCAGAAAGCAUGUUGCCCUCUGGAUCCCCCUUUUUAUACGAAUGUUUUUAUACGUGUGCACUUGGUCGGGUCUGCCGUGAUGUAGGGCGAAGUUGCUGUGGCGUCUCCAUGUCUCUCCCCAGGUCUGCAUCCCGCCCCUGCGCCUGACUAAGCCAGUUCAUUGUUUCCCACCAUCAUCCAGACAGCCAGGGAAGGAGGGGAGCCCAGCCCUGGGGAGGUGGGGGCAGGCCAAGGGAUGGAUGGAAUAAUGUUGGCAUUAUUUUUUAAUUUUUUUUAAAUAAAUGGUAUCUUAUUUAAUUGUCCUGUUCUUCCCAUUCCCCCACCUUCUAGGAUGUCACCUGAGCUCAGGGUAGGCCCAGGGAGCCAGGGAGAAGCCACCCAUUGGGCCUGGGGACCAGAGGUCUUCAGCAUGGUUUCUUUGUUCUCCUCUGCUCCGCCCUAACUCCUACCUCCACUGUGUAUUUUUAUCCCUAAUUGUCCUGUGAAUAAGCCAAGGUGGCAGGGACCAGUCCCCAACCCUUCCCAGCAAGCCCUUCUGCCCAGAGUGGGCCCUUCCUUACCUUGGUGAGGGCGGAGGGGUCCUAAGAGGGAAAGUGGCCCCCUUUUCCAGACUCCCUGGCACAGAGCCUCCUGGGAGACCGAGGGGGAUCCUCCCUCAGUGCAUCUUGCCCUGUCAAGCUGACUGGGGCACAGGGUGGGUGGGGGCCCCUCCCUGUGCUCAGACCCUACUUUCUUCCUCCUGCCCUUUUCCUGCUCUCACAGUAACUUAUGGUCCCUGUCCCAGGGCAGCCCUGCCCUUGUGUCUCGUGUAUCUGCUGUGCCUUUCUCCUUGUUGUCUAGGGUGGGAGGGGUGGUUUUUCACCGAACAGGGGACUGCACCUGUGACUUCCUGGAUGUUGAAUCAUUCACCGUGUCUCGGACAUAGGUUAUUCAAUAAACAGAUUGGUGCCACCCA